AUGUCUUCAGACUCUCGACUCGGCAAUGCUCGGUCUUUCAACAGGUUUGACAUAAUUCUUUCAAUAACUCAUUUCGUCGGUUUCAUCACAAUCUGUCUCAAUGGAUAUUUCCUGAACACAUUCAAAAAUGGUCUUGCGUGGCCUUCAAAAGUCAAAAACGGAGAUAAUAAGGCACUGGGGAAACGUGGCGAUCAACUGCACGCGUUUCUGAUGAUUUUAGCAUUUAUUUAUUUUCAAGGAGAAGCUUUGUUGGCAUAUCGAUUGUACCGGUAUGACGCGAAGAUUAUUUCAAAACUACUUCACACAGCUCUACAUAUUAUUGCAAUUGGGCUAGGAAUUACUGCAUUGACUGUGAUUAUAAUGAGUACUAAUAACGCAGGUUGGAAUAAUUUUACAAGUGUUCACAGUUGGAUUGGAAUUUGUCUGCUUUCGGUUUAUCUGGUUCAGAUCAACCCGUAAUGGAACAUCCUGGCACCACGUUUUUUUUGAAUAAACACAAUGAAAAUAAAUUUCCAAUUGAUAAGAAAAAAGGCCAACAUUUCAAUAUAAAUUCAUCCAGUUCUCCUUUGGAUUUCUGACAUAUCUGUGCCCAUGCUCGCCUGGAAAAUACCGAGCUCGCCUGAUGCCAAUUCAUCGAGCAGUUGGUGUUGGCUGUUUUAUUGUUGCAUGUGUACAAUGCUGUCUUGGAUAUGGAAAUAUUCUUUUGGAAGAUCAGCCAGGCUGCUUCUCGGAUCUUUCUUGUAAAAAUCGAAUCGAAUAUGUUGGAGCGUUCAGUGUCAUGUUCAUUAUUCUCUACACUCUACUUGUGUUAGCGUUGAUCAUUCCAGUGCCGUGGAGAAGAGAAAAAACUCCAGAUGAGCUAAAGUAAUUUAUUUUUGUCUUUUAUUAUAUUCCCAUAUUUCCAAAUGAUCAUCAUGUUCUUUCUAUCAAGUCACUACUUUGCACAGAUCCAAAAGCUUUAUCCGAUAAAAAUAUGUUUCAAAAUCAAAAUAAAAUUAUUUUAUGUUGUGCCACAAACUUUGUAAUAAAAUAUUUGAAAU